AUGUCUUCCGCCCUGUCUACCAUUAUGGCCGUCUACGACGUGUCUCUGCAGCCCAUCGCCUCCCUCGCCGCCUUCGGUGUCACAGUGACGCCCAUUGACGUUGUGGGAGCCCUCAGGCUCGCGCUUGUUUUGCGCCAACUGCGCGAGACCUUCCACAGAGAGCACAUCGACAAGUCGAAGCCGACCGGAGGAGGCACGGGCGGGCGGCCUGGGAAGGACCGCGCAGAAGUCGAGAGUCGAGCGCGCACUCGCGAUCUCGUGACGACUCUCGUCAUGGUCUACGGUGGCGAGGCAGUCGUGGCCCCUUGGCUGGGUAUACAGCCCUCCUUCAUGCUCGGGGGCGCCAUCCCCGCCACGUUCAUUGCCACACACUACCUUGUCGAGGCUCUCCCAGCCGUUCCCAUGCCCGGUUUAUACAACGAGCUCCUUUGUGCGGUAGUGGACGCGUUCACUCGUGCUCUGCUCCUUUGUAAUGUCGUGCCCACUGUGGUUACGAAGCACGCCUCGCCCCUGAUAUCCACAUCACCCUGGACAUUAUUGAUCACCGCUCUGGCUCAUGAAAACCUCUACCUCCAGUUCACAGCCAACGGUGGCCCAUUCAUUACCAACUCCCUUUCCCUGCUGCAACCCCAUGCUAUAACGAUCACUACUCCGCCCGAGCUCCUGCCUUGGGGCUGGACAGGUACCGAUCUCUGGGUGGCGCCGCUUGUAACGGCACUCUACGCCACACUCACACAUGCCCAACCAUUCUUUACCGGCCUUCAUUCCCUGCUCUUCUCCUUCUUCAGCCCCUUGGGUCUAGCAUUUUUAAGCUUUAAAUCCAAGGGCUUGAACGAGACGGGUCCGAAUAUCGGAGAGUUGCAGCCUGUGGAUUCUGAUACGGCGAGGGCAGCUUGUGUCGUAGCUCUCGGAGUGUUGUUCGUUGGAAGGACAUUGAAGAACUUCGGAAUCCAGAGUCCUGCCCACGAAGAAUCGAACGAGGCAGCGAAGGAUGGGCUAGUUAGGGAGGCGCGGAAAGGCGGAGAACUGUCGAAUAGAACUCCUAAGAAGAACAGUACGAACGCUGGCAAGAAGACCAAAGUACAAUGA